AUGGCUCAAAAUGUCGAAUUAGACGAACCAACCUACGAUAAAAGCCGCCCGAUGCCUGACAUCCAGAUGGCCUAUCAGUACAAAUUAUCGAAUUGCCCAGGAAAGUCUAUUGUCGGCAUGUGUAUUACAUACCCGCCCAACGGCUCGACCCCGCCUCAUCGCCAUGGCAGUUGUUCAGUUUCCGCGUACGUCGUCAGUGGCACGCUGCUCAACAAAAUGAACGACGACCCGAUGAAAACUAUCAACACUGGCGGCACAUGGUAUGAGGCUCCCGGUUGCCAUCACCGCAUUAGCGAUAAUGCUAGCAAGACUGAGUCAGCGGUGCUUUUUGCUUCAAUGGUUUUAGAUACCGAUGUACUAGAGCGCGAUGGCAUGAACGCCCUUAUGCAGAUUGAUAAGGAGUACCUUUGA